UUCUAGGGCCCGAGGAAUUGGGCUCGUUUCCCUGGUUUGUCUGUGUUGAAGUGGCCUGAGGGGGGCCCAGAGAGGCCGCUGCCUCUAAAGGAACGUUUUACUACAGCUCCGAGGUCUUUCGGUGCGCAGCUACUCUAGCCCUUGCCCUUUGACCUCACUCGCGGCGGGGUGAUAGGUCGGGUGGCCAUCUUGUGGCGGCGGCGCGGGCGGCUGUUACUGCGGAGACCCAUCCCCUCCCCCUCCUUGCACCCCUGGCUGUCUGUCAGUCGUCAAAGAGUCCCGCAGUCUGUCAGGUGAGGCCCGGACCCUGUGCGGUCGCUCUUCCCUUUGCACUGGGCGGCCCAGGCCGCUCCCUGCCGGGCCUCACCGCCGCCACUAUGUCUUCCUUCUCGGAGUCGGCGCUGGAGAAGAAGCUCUCGGAGCUGAGCAACUCUCAACAGAGCGUGCAGACCCUGUCCCUGUGGCUCAUCCACCACCGCAAGCAUGCGGGACCCAUCGUGUCGGUGUGGCACCGCGAGCUCCGCAAAGCCAAAUCAAAUAGAAAGCUUACGUUUCUGUACUUAGCGAAUGAUGUCAUCCAAAACAGUAAAAGGAAAGGACCUGAGUUCACUAGAGAAUUUGAAUCUGUCCUUGUGGAUGCUUUUUCUCAUGUUGCCAGAGAGGCAGAUGAAGGCUGUAAAAAACCUUUAGAAAGAUUGCUGAACAUCUGGCAAGAAAGAAGUGUGUAUGGCGGCGAGUUCAUACAGCAGCUGAAGCUGUCUAUGGAGGACUCCAAGAGCCCUCCCCCCAAAGCAACAGAAGAGAAGAAAUCUCUGAAGCGAACUUUUCAACAGAUACAAGAGGAGGAAGAUGACGACUACCCUGGAAGCUACUCUCCCCAAGAUCCUUCUGCAGGACCACUCUUGACUGAGGAACUAAUCAAAGCUUUGCAGGAUCUGGAAAAUGCUGCAUCAGGUGAUGCUACUGUUCGACAGAAAAUUGCUUCUCUGCCCCAGGAAGUGCAGGAUGUUUCUCUGUUGGAAAAAAUAACAGACAAAGAGGCAGCUGAACGUCUUUCAAAAACGGUAGAUGAAGCAUGUCUGUUACUAGCUGAAUAUAACGGGCGCCUGGCAGCAGAACUGGAAGACCGGCGCCAGCUGGCUCGGAUGUUGGUGGAGUAUACCCAGAAUCAGAAAGAUGUUUUGUCAGAAAAGGAGAAAAAGCUAGAAGAGUAUAAACAGAAACUUGCACGGGUAACCCAGGUUCGCAAGGAGCUGAAGUCCCAUAUUCAGAGCUUGCCUGACCUCUCACUGCUGCCCAACGUCACAGGAGGCUUGGCCCCCCUGCCCUCUGCUGGUGACCUCUUCUCAACUGACUAGGACAGGUGUUGUACUCCAGAUUCCCAUCUGUGCCAGGAAAAUGAGGGCAAGUCAUGAUUGGAGUUUACCUUCUAGCCCCUGGUUCUGUCUCUUCUUCCGCCAGCCCCUCCGCCUCAAGAAAGAAGCGCGGGCGGACUCUGAUUUCUUAUUCUCCUGUCCAGCCUCUCCUCUUGAGCACGAUUUAGAGCAGUGGGAGUGGAAUCCAAUUUAGAUUCAUGUUUGCAAAAAUACAGACCCUUUCUCCUAUUUCAUGUUUUCAUGCCACUGUUGGUUUUCCAUUCUUAGCUCUCUCUUACGCCUAAGAAGCUAUGGAAAUCAUGUGUACUUCUGGAAGCUUUCAAAAGAAUUUUGUCCCUUGUGCAGCACAAGUCCUGGAAGCAGCUCCUCCUUUCCAAGCUGGGAUUGGUCAGGUUUGUGACAGGCUCCUGAUGAGGGACUCGCUCUACAGAUGUUGACUUUCAUGACUACCAUCUGCCCCAAAAGGUUGGGUGCACAACCAUUGGGUGGCUUUGUCACAAAGAGUUUGCCAAAUUACUCACCCUCCCCUACCAUUACUUCCACUAGUGAAGUAUAGUCAAGGUUAGGUGCAUUUAUUUUGUGAGCAAACCAGAAAAUCUAGCAAUAAGAUUCAAAGCUGAUCUGGAACAUAGAGUUGCUGUUCAGAGACAGAGUAACAGGAAUCACAAGAAAGUUGUUUGUCUGGUUCCUGCAUCCCUAACCUUCCAGGCUGCACUUCUUCAGGGCCCCACCCACUACCAGAGCUUUUUCCUAAAAACAGAACCCUUUGACCCCGGUACUUGUGAUGGUGGUUGUUGGGGACAGCACUGGUGGGUGGAAUGAAGGCCCUGCACACAGGCAUGCUGAGUCUAGGCUCUGCAUGGUGUUGCUUUGACCCUUCCCUUUGGGAGUAGGGCACACACUAACACUUAAUCCACUGUGUGGGCAUGUGUCCACAGUAUGGUGACUAAACUUGAACCUAUCCUCUGCAACUAGGACACUGAGCAUGUCCAUCUGUCAGUCACUUCAUGCCACUUCACAUGUCUGUGCUCCCACGUGAGGAGGAAGAGUGUUUGUAUCAGAUGUUACUGGACAGCUCAUCUCAGCAGGGGAAGAGGAAAGCAGGGGAUGUUGAUUUGGGGUUUUAAUUCCAUUAUCAUGCCAGCCAACAUUUUGACUAAAUAAUGUAGUUCAAGAGGAUUUUUAUCUUGCAUAUAGUAAAGGUUAGGUCUGCUACCUGUAAAUCAUCCUAAUUUGGUAGGUUUGUUUCUAACUUCGAAAAGGGCAGAAAACAGUUUUCCUCAAUAGUGUAAUAGGAACCAGAGCCCCGAUGCUGAAAUCCAAAAGCUAUAAAAAGGAGUUCAGUGGAGGGGAGCUUGAGGAUCUCCAUUAUUUUGAGUUUCUGUUUUCAGAAUCACCAAAAACUACAUGUCAUUUUACAUGUGAAAACAGCCUGUGUUUCACAAAGUAUGGCAGGCCUCCCUCCAAGAAGCUCUUCUGCUUUUCAGGAAGUGAGGAUGCUGGGAGUCCUUGCAGGUACUCACUUUAGCUCUGUAGAACCUAGUGGUGCUGAAGCUGAUUUUCAGAGUUAAAUGCAGACUGUAUGCUGUUUGCUUAUUGACACUGCCUAUCGUCACUGUUAAAUUAAUGAGUCUAUAAAGUUUUUCUCCAGAGGCCACAGGGCAGUAGGUGACUUCACUGAAAUUGCAAGAUAAAUUGCACUCUUUGCUGUGUGUGCCCUCCUCAUACAGUGUGCGGCUUUGUCUCACUUAACGUGAGUUUGUGUCUGAGCACACCCAACUUGGAAACUGCUUUCCAAGGAAGCAGAAUUUUACCAGCCACAAGCCAGCCAAAAGACUGGCUCAGCCGAAGUCCGUAUGUGCUCUGAUCAGCUAGGUGAAAAUAUCACAACAUAAUGGAUUUAGGUCACUACUGUGUUUUAUCCACCUGAGUCUUUGACCAGCAACUGGUGCAUAAUUAUUACAGCAAAAGCAAGAAAUGAACCUGUAGCAAUUAUGUAAAUGAAUGUGUUGGCCUCUUAACACCUGUUACUAGUGGACUUCCUGUGAGGAGGUUAGUUUUGUUUUAAUGAAAUGCUUUUUUUUUUUUUUCUUUUCUAUCUGAAUUCUCCUUAUGUCAUCCUCCCAAGUGUGCUUACAAUAUUGUUUAAUUUAAAUGGUAUUUUUCCUUGUCUGUGAGAGGUAAUCUGGUGGGGUGGGAUGGGUGGUUUUUGGUUUUGUGUUGUUUCUUCUUUAUUUAGGGCAUCUGUAGGCCUCGAAGGACCUUACCUUUAGGUCAUAUUCCUCAGAAAGUCUUCAAUCCUCUUUUGUUUUUGUUUUGUUUUUCCUUAAAGAAUAUUUUUAAAGCUUAAAUUUGUAUAUUAAUUUAGGACUUUUAUUUAGAAGUAUAGGCUGCCAUUGGUGGCAGCAUUAUAUUCUGAAAUGUCUCAUAGAUAUAUAUUUUUGAAUAAAGAUGGUGUUGUUGAACAACAGUGCGUGAUGUUUCUUUUCCCUCCUCUGAUCUGGUAAAUGCAGUGGUUUUUGGUUUGCUGUGGGUGAUUAGUAAUCACAGUGGAUAAUGUGUUGCCUUGCACGGAAUCUUGGCCCUUGGAGCCCAUAAAUAUCAGCACUUACAUAGUAUUUUCUAGUUCUUUUCACGGUCUUAAUUAGCUGUAAUUAGCCAGUCUACACAGUGCUUAGGGGAGGGGCAGACUUCGUUUCAACCUCAUUGUGCAGAAGUGGAGGCUAGCUGCUUGAUGCUAAGUGACUCUGCCCUAGUAC